AUGCGGUGCGCGAGCAAGACCGCCGAGAGCGCGUCCGCACGUCUCUGUGCGGACGCCGAAGCAGAAACCGCAGCAACUGAUGUAUCAUCGGUUGCUGAAGCGACUCAGCCUGUGUCACCUGUUUUUGCAGGCGCUCGUCAUGAAGACACUCACGUCUUCACAGAGUAUGAGCGCGGUGUCUCAUACUGUCCUGAUACGGAAGACGGAUCCGUAUCGACGGCGAUCGAAUCUAAGCCGCCUGCCAAGCGUGGCAUGGAUGAUGCUAUGCGUCGUAGCAUCUUUGGUUCAUCUGACGAAUCAGAUGAACCAUCGCCAAAGCGUAGGCGCUCGAGAUCGCAAGACUCGGGCGCUAACAGUGGUGUCGGUUCUUCUAUUGACACCCCUUCGCAGCGAGGUACCAGUACUUCUGUCGGCACGUCGCAGGAAGAGCGGGACCGCAGCGUGUUGCGUCUCGCUCCCGAGAAGAAGGCAUGGAUGCCUCCAAAAUCCGUCAUGGAUCACUUAUCGGCAACGACGAGUGAUCGUUAUCGAACACGGUUGUUCGAUUCGUCAAGGAUCCAUCACCUUGACCCCAGUGCGAAAAACUAUCGCACUGAACAUGAGUUCUUCAUCGAUGCUCUAUUUAAACAUCGAUAA